AUGUCGUCAAAAUUGAAAAUUUUAGUACCAGUCAAAAGAGUGAUUGACUUUGCAAUCAAACCAAGAAUUAAUAAAGCACAAACUGGAGUGGAAACUAAGGGAGUUAAGUUCAGUAUCAAUCCAUUCUGUGAUAUUGCAUUAGAAGAGUCAAUUAGGAUCAGAGAGGCCCACAAGGGUUUAGUUGAAAAGAUCCAUGCUGUUUCUAUUGGACCAACCAAGGCACAAGAUAUAUUAAGAACUGCAUUGGCUAAGGGUGCUGACUCCACCACGUUGAUAGACGUAGGCGACGAAGAAGUCGAGCCAUUAACUGUGGCCAAGCUCUUACAAAAGACAGUUGAAAAGGAGGACUCCAACUUAGUUAUUUUGGGAAAACAGGCCAUUGACGACGAUUCUAAUCAAACCGGGCAAAUGUUAGCAGGUUUGUUGAACUGGCCCCAAGCCACCAAUGCUUCAAAGGUUGAAAUUGACGGUGAUAACAUCACUGUAACCCGUGAAAUUGAUGGAGGUUCGGAUACUUUGCGUGCCAAGUUGCCAAUGAUUGUCACUACAGAUUUAAGAUUGAACGAGCCAAGAUACGCUUCUUUGCCAAAUAUCAUGAAGGCCAAGAAGAAGCCAUUAGAAAAAUUGAAAGUCAGCGAUUUAGGUAUUGAAUUAUCCAAGAGAUUAGAAACCUUAAAGGUUGAAGAACCACCUCAGAGAGAGGCUGGUGUUAAAGUGGAAUCAGUUGAUGAAUUGAUCAGUAAAUUGAAAGAAUUGAAGGCCAUUUAA